GGGGUCCAGUUAGAUGAACCUACAACCUCAGAGGAUUGGUCGAUAGAACAUUCUCAUGAUUCAAAGCUGUUACGUCGACCGGGACAUCCCGCUAGAACAGCUCGAUCCAUGAGCUCCCCAGAUGAAUCAACACGUCUUGCUAUGGAAUUUCAAGAUAAAUGUACAACUUCAGAAAGAGGCAAAAGCGCCUCUCCACAACGAACUGCCGAAAAUGGUGGAAUAUUAAAAAGAGGGAGCUCUGAUAGAUUAACUACAAGCUCAGGGAUGUCGAGCCCAGUAAGUAGUGUCUGCGACUCCCCUGCAGACCAAUCAAAAGUGAGAUUUUUUACAUAUGAAUCUGAAUCGGAUUCAGACUCUGAAGUGAAAUCAAACAGUACACCUAAGUCAAAUAAUGAUACUCUCAAAGUUCACCAAGAGACGAUACCUGAGGAGGUGAUAACAAUGUCUCCUAAAUCUAAAAAAGAUAAAAAUAAGGAAAAUAAAAAGGGAAGAUUUAAACGUAUAUUACGUCCUGUGCGGCGGAGUCACAGUGCUGGAUGUGCCCAGGAUGUCCCAGCACACGCGCUCUUCUUGAGGACGCAUACAGACAAGGAAAAGAAGGCCAAGGAAAAACCCUCAGGAAAGAGUUCACUGGGCUUUGAAAGUGAAGAGGAAAAGUUGAAAGCAAGAAAAGCCAAGAAGUCGAGUCUAGCAAAGGAUGUGAAAGACAAAUUGGCAUUCUUAAGGCGAAGACACACAGAUACAGCUCUGAGUAGUACAGCAGAAAAAUUGGUGAAUGCUGACAAAAAUAAACUUGAUAGUAAUUCAGUGAUGUCGUGGAACAAAACAUUUGAUGCACUCCUAUCAGAUAAAUGCGGCUUAGAUUUGUUCCGGAAGUUUCUCCAGACAGAGUUUAGUGAAGAAAACAUCGAGUUCUGGAUUGCGUGUGAGGAGUAUCGUGAAAUAAAGGACUCCAAACUCAUCCCAACUGCCAAUAUUAUAUACAGUGAUUACGUUGCGGUGCAGGCACCCCGUGAGGUCAACUUAGAUUCCAAAACACGAACUAUCACAAUCUCUAAUAUGGAAGCUCCGGAUCGACUAACGUUUGAUAUAGCGCAAAAGCGGAUCCAAGCUUUAAUGGAGAAGGAUUCGUAUCCACGAUUUUUACGAUCGGAGGUUUAUCAGAAACUCUUAGCUGAACACAAGGAUAAAUUAGUCAAGGAGAUAUGAUACUGUGUUCUAUUUAGUGUUAAAUUUAGAAAUAAUUUAUUGAUAGAUGGCUAUACUCUACAUGUGUUUUUACGUAUAGUAAUGACUCCAGACGCCAAUAGGUGGCGCUGCAAUGACGAUAAUGGCCCCAUAGGCAGGGAGGGACUCAGUAGGAUAGCUACCAAAGUAGGAGGAGAGUGAAUAGAAACACCAAUAGAUAUGUGAACUGGAUUUCAUACAUCUCUCCAUGCAACAGGUAGGGGAGAAGUCUUGAUGAUUACAACAAGAUGUACAAGAAAGUUGUGAAAGUUGUGAAAGUGCGUCGUCCACUUUGUCUAACCUCAGUGACGAUGUAAGAUAUUUACUACAGUACAGUAUCAGUGGAUAUCUUAUUUAUUGCAUUGAGGUAUACACAUUAUAAUGACCUUUAAAAUGGUGUAUAGCUCUAUGAACCAUGCAUAUCCUUAAAGUGACAAUGCAAGCAGAGACUUUACAUAACUAAAGUAUGUCAUUUUGUUCAUGCAUU